CACUCAGCCCCGUUUCCCCCGCCACAGAGGAAAACACAGGAGUUAAAACACAUUUGCCAGCUCGGACAAACAUCCCUGCGAAUUUGAGAGGGAGGAAGGGUUCAUUCAGCGGCCGGUAAUCAAUGGCUUCCGCUACUGCUUCCAUCUCGUCGCACUCCAUCGCCCUGCGCGAUCUCAAAGCCGCGAGGAUUGGAGCCGUGAGGCAGCAGGUGGCCGUGGUUCCUGCGGGCCUGCCGGCAACGGCGCCCAAGGGCCAGCGCGCGAGGGCGGUGCGCCCGCUGUGCGCGGCGGAGCCAGCGAGGAAGCCAGUGUCGGCCUCCGCGGCCUCGUCGCCGGUGGCGCCGGUGGAGGAGGAGGAGGCAUCUGCCGUGGCGGCCGUGGACUACGAGGCCCUGGCGCAGGAGCUGGUGGGCGCGUCGCCGCUGGAGAUCAUGGAUCGUGCGCUCGACAUGUUCGGCUCCGAAAUCGCCAUCGCCUUCAGUGGUGCCGAGGACGUGGCCCUCAUCGAAUACGCGAAACUGACUGGACGCCCCUUCAGGGUGUUCAGCCUUGACACUGGGCGACUGAACCCAGAGACAUACGAACUCUUCGACAAGGUGGAGAAGCACUAUGGUAUCCACAUCGAGUACAUGUUCCCUGAGGCCAGCGAGGUGCAAGACCUUGUGAGGAGCAAGGGCCUCUUCUCUUUCUACGAGGACGGACACCAGGAGUGCUGCAGGGUGAGGAAGGUUCGGCCCUUGAGGAGGGCCCUCAAGGGCCUCAAGGCCUGGAUCACCGGGCAGAGGAAGGAUCAGUCCCCUGGCACCAGAGCCAGCAUCCCUGUUGUUCAAGUUGAUCCGUCUUUUGAAGGGCUGGAUGGUGGAGCCGGUAGCUUGAUCAAGUGGAACCCUGUGGCUAAUGUGGAUGGCAAGGAUAUCUGGACCUUCCUCAGGACCAUGGAUGUCCCUGUGAACACCCUGCAUGCUCAAGGCUACGUCUCCAUUGGGUGCGAGCCGUGCACCAGGCCCGUGUUGCCGGGGCAGCACGAGAGGGAAGGGAGGUGGUGGUGGGAGGACGCCACGGCCAAGGAGUGCGGCCUGCACAAGGGUAACAUCGACAAGGAAGGUCAGGCACCCAAGGUCGGCGUCAACGGCAACGGCUCGGCCGAGGCCAGCGCCCCAGACAUCUUCCAGAGCCAGGCCAUCGUCAACCUCACCCGUCCCGGGAUCGAGAACCUCCUGCGGCUCGAGAACCGCGCCGAGCCGUGGCUGACCGUCCUCUACGCUCCCUGGUGCCCAUACUGCCAGGCAAUGGAGGCGUCCUACGUUGAGCUGGCCGAGAAGCUGAGCGGCUCAGGCAUCAAGGUGGCCAAGUUCCGCGCGGACGGCGAGCAGAAGCCAUUCGCGCAGGCGGAGCUGCAACUACAGAGCUUCCCGACGAUCCUCCUGUUCCCCGGCCGCACCGUGAAGCCCAUCAAGUACCCGUCCGAGAAGAGGGACGUCCAGUCCCUCCUCGCCUUCGUGAACAGCCUCAGAUGAGUGGUCAGAGAACCGGAGAACCAUCGUUCUCUGCAUUGGUACCGGCGGUGUCUAGGCAUUAUUAUGUAGUGGUAGCGAGGAUGGAUCAACGGAAAUGUUGGAGACAGAGGAGUGUGGGGACGCAGGGACAGCGGCUCAAAGCCCCUCCAUUAUAAGGGGGUGGGGAUUUGUGUGUAGUUAUAGCUAGAUGUUUGUAAGGAAGUUCAAAUAAGAGUACUAGUUUUGAAAUUUU